AUGGGAUCCCUUAUAAGCCUUUGCUGUGGUGAUGACUCUCAGGACGAAAGGGUCACUCCUCACCAGUGCCACAACCCGCCACAAAUAAGCCUACCAUUUCUCAAUCAACAACCAGCAAGCCACCGACGAGAUCCCAAUGUGGAGGCUCAGCCUAUCUCUGAGAUAAAGCGCGCUAUUGACGAAUUUAGCGAGUACACUGCACCCUCGUAUCCCCCCCGCCGUGAAGCUACUGCCGGCCCUUCGAAUCAACGCAACCAGGUUGCUCAAGCCGCUCCGCCCGCCCAAGCAGAAUCUCAACAGGGAGCCAAGGUCGACAAUGCCUCCCCCUCGACCUCUGGCAUCCAGCGCAAAUUCUCCUUUGAGGCUGGGGACGAUACAAUCUAA